AUGCAGACACUCCAUUUUUCCGACAAGACACACAGCAAGAUAUUCCACAUACCUUCCCUUUGCCUCGCACUUGUGCUGCUGAUCUGCCUGGUCUCUCCGGGCAGUUCGUGCACGGAGCAGGAGAAGGGCUCCCUUCUACAGUUCCUCACCGGGCUCUCACAAGACGGUGGCCUCCCUGCGACAUGGCGGAAUGGCACGGAUUGCUGCAUGUGGGAAGGGAUCACCUGCAGGCAAGAUGGGACGGUCACCGCUGUCUUCCUGCCUUCGAAGGGCCUCCAGGGGCACAUCUCACAGUCUCUUGGGGUCCUCACCGGGCUGCAAUACCUUAAUCUCUCCCACAACUCGCUGUCCGGUGGACUGCCACCGGAGUUGAUGUCGUCCAGCAGCAUUACUAUCCUUGAUGUCAGCUUUAACCAGCUCAAUGGAACGCUCCAGGAGCUGCCAUCUUCAACGCCUGCCCGGCCUCUACAGGUACUGAACAUCUCCAGCAACUCAUUUACAGGACAGUUUCCAUCCACCACAUGGAAAGCAAUGGCAAAUUUGAUCGCACUCAAUGCCAGUAAGAACAGAUUUACUGGGCAGAUACCAACUCAUUUCUGUAACAGUUCGCCGUCCUUCACUGUGCUUGAACUGUCUUUCAACAAAUUCAGUGGCAGCAUCCCCCCAAGUCUUGGUAAUUGCUCCAAGCUGAGAGAGCUCAGGGCUGGAUACAACAACCUCAGUGGAGCUAUUGAUGGUACACACAUAACCAACCUCAGAAAUCUUGUAGUCCUUCAUCUUGGAUGGAACAACUUCGGUGGCAAGAUUCCAGUUUCUAUAGGACAGCUCAAGAAAUUGGAGGAGCUCCAUUUGGCUUACAACAACAUGUCAGGGGAACUGCCAUCUGCUCUGAGCAACUGCACAAAUCUCAUAACAAUUGACCUCAAGAGCAAUCACUUCAGUGGAAAACUUACCAAGGUCAAUUUCUCCAACCUGCCCAAUCUAAGAAUUUUAGACCUCUGGUUAAACAACUUCACCGGUGAAGUUCCAGAAAGCAUAUACUCGUGCAGUAAUCUGAUUGCACUGCGGCUAUCUAGCAACAACUUACACGGACAGCUCUCAUCGAGAAUAGGUAAUCUGAAGUACCUCUCCUUCUUGUCACUCGGUAAAAACAAUUUCACAAACAUUACAAAUGCACUUCAGAUCCUUAAGAGCAGCAAGAACCUGACAACACUGCUUAUGGGGCACAACUUUAGGGGAGAGAUACUCUCACAGGAUGAAACAAUUGAUGGUUUUGGAAGUCUUCAGGUUCUCGAUAUACAAGGUUGCAAUUUUUCUGGGAGAAUACCUGUGUGGAUAUCAAGGGCUGUAAACUUGCAGAUGCUAUUUUUAUGUGGCAAUCGACUCACUGGGUCAAUACCAGGCUGGAUCAGCUCUCUAAGUCAUCUCUUCUAUAUGGAUGUGUCAAGCAACAGUCUUACAGGAGAAAUCCCAUUAACCUUAACCGAGAUGCCAGUGCUAAAAUCAACUGAUAACGCAACUCAUUUGGACCCAACGGUCUUUGAGCUGCCUGUUUAUAAUGGUCCAGCACUUCAAUACCGUGUGGUUACAUCUUUCCCAGCAGUGUUGAAUCUAAGCAAUAACAAUUUCACAGGUGUGAUUCCCACACAGAUUGGUCAGCUGAAAGUGCUUGCUGUACUUGACUUCAGCUUCAACAAGUUAUCUGGACAGAUCCCACAAUCGGUCUGCAACCUCGCAAACUUGCAGGUACUAGACUUGUCCAGCAACAAUCUCACAGGUGCUAUUCCAGCUGCAUUGAACACCCUGCACUUCCUUUCAGCAUUCAAUAUUUCAAACAAUGACCUAGAAGGGCCUAUUCCAUCUGGAGGCCAAUUUGAUACAUUUCAGAAUUCUAGUUUCAGUGGGAACCCAAAGCUGUGUGUCUCUAUGCUAACCCACAAAUGUGAUUCAGCUUCGAUACCUCCACCAUCCACAAAAGAGACCACAAAACCACGAUAUAAGAAGUCUGUUUUUGUAAUUGCAUUUGGUGUGUUCUUUGGAGGCAUCGCUGCUCUUUUGUUGCUGGGGCGGCUCAUUGUAUUUAUCAGGAUAAAUGGCAUUAGAAUAAGAAAUAGAAGGGAGAAUAAUGGAGAUAUUGAAGCAACUUCGUUCUACUCCAGUUCAGAGCAAACAUUAGUGGUGAUGCGGAUGCCGCAAGGGAAGACAGAAGGAACCAAGCUCAAAUUCGCUGACAUUUUGAAAGCCACAAACAACUUUGACAAGGAGAAUAUCAUUGGAUGCGGAGGUUAUGGAUUAGUCUACAAGGCAGAGCUACCUGAUGGCUCCAAGCUGGCAAUAAAAAAGCUCAACGGUGAAAUGUGUCUGAUGGAAAGGGAGUUCAGUGCCGAGGUUGAUGCACUCUCCAUGGCACAACAUGAAAAUCUUGUACCACUGUGGGGUUAUUGUGUCCAGGGAAACUCGAGGUUCCUUGUAUAUUCCUAUAUGGAGAAUGGUAGCCUGGACGACUGGCUGCAUAACAGGUAUGAUGAUGCUAUAUCGUUUCUUGACUGGCCGACACGGCUCAAGAUAGCACAAGGAGCAAGCAUGGGCCUUUCUUAUAUCCAUGAUGUCUGCAAGCCUCAAAUUGUCCACCGUGACAUCAAAUCCAGUAACAUCCUACUGGACAAAGAAUUUAAAGCUUAUGUUGCUGAUUUUGGGCUAGCCAGAUUGAUCCUUCCCGACAGAACUCAUGUUACAACUGAGUUGGUCGGCACUAUGGGUUAUAUCCCUCCCGAGUAUGGGCAAGCAUGGGUUGCUACUUUGAGAGGUGAUAUGUACAGUUUUGGAGUAGUCUUGCUUGAGCUGCUCACCGGAAGGAGACCUGUUACAGUCCUGUCUACAUCAAAAGAACUUGUCCCAUGGGUUCUACAGAUGAGGUCCGAGGGUAAGCAGACAGAAGUCCUGGAUCCAACACUUCGUGGAAGAGGCUAUGAAGAGCAAAUGCUAAAAGUGCUUGAAACCGCUUGCAAGUGUGUUGAUAACAAUCAAUUCAGAAGGCCAGCUAUCGCAGGAGUAGUCUCCUCCCUGUCCAGUAUAGAAGCUAACCCAUAG